GCCCAAACUCAAAACCCGUUUGCAGAUCCAAUGGGUUUCAACCCAGGCCCCAACCCUAAGAUUUGCUUAAAAAAUGCUGCAAUUUGGCGCGAAAUCCCCUAUUGCCAUCGGCUCCGGUUCUCGGUCACCGUCACCGACCAUGACGAUAUUGCCAGAAAUAACCGAUCUCUUCGCAAGACUCGCUUCCCACUCCAACGACUCGUCGGCGUGUCACCAUAAUCUCAUACAAGAAGGUGAAGAAGCUCUGGACCGCUCGAUUUCAAAGCUGAACCAGUCUCUGAACCUCAGCGAUAAUUCUAGGGUUGGGGUUUUGGAUACCGUCCUUUCUCUCAUGUGCUUCAAAGCACCAGAGGUUUUUGAUUCAGAGAUUCAGUAUUUAGUGGAAACAAUCGUCACUGUUUUGUCAUCUUCGAUUAGCUGCAAAGUUCUGCGAUUUCCGAAAGACGAGGUUUUGAUGAUCGGUAGUCCCAUUUCUCGUCGCAACUGUGCGGAUUUGCUUGAAGCGUGCUCUGGUGUUCUUGGAAAAUUGGAAGAGCAUGGGCCACUUUAUAAUUCUAUAUUAUGUGCUGUUGUAAAAGCUGCAAAUUCUUCAACUUGCUAUCGAUAUGUAGAUUCUGCAAGACCUACUUUUGAUGUUAAAGCCAUAAAUGCAAGAAGCAAAGCAUUUUCAAAGCUGCUUGGUGUUUUACCAAAAGGAAUCUCCAAUGAUAAAAACAAUAUACCAUUCAGAUUGCUGUUGUGGUACCUUGACCCUCUGAUUCUAAAGCACGAUAUUUCGAACAUUUUACAAGAAUCCAGGGAGAGACCUUUCCUUUGUGUGAGUGAGGAGUUUCAUGAGAGGAUGGAUUGGCGUUCUAUCAUUACAUGCUUGGUACUUUCUCCCAUUAUGUUUAUUGAGACCAGAGCUUUGUUACACAGAUGGUUUCUGGUGACGGGCCUAGUUACUGUUCUAGAACUUCUAAUUGUGCUAGCCUCGGUGAUUCUAGAUGUAGUUUCCAGACCAACUUGGUGGAACAUAUCACUGGAAUUGGGAGCAAAGCUGCUAUUCUCUGAUGCUUACUUUCCCUACAACCACCACUUACUACGGAUUUUGGCUGGAUCCCUCUCCGUUGAUAGUCUGCUACAAUUAGUUCAUGUCACAAGUGAACCGUUUUCUUGCACAAGGAAACAAAGUGGUUCUACCAUUAAGCAACCAGCAAGUCAGGUUGCUACAAUAGAUCACAAAUCUGUCUGGGCUCUGGCAAUCAACUUCCCAAACUGGUUCUACUUUGCUUCUGCUUUGCUCUUCUCUGAGAAAUGUUUUCAACAUAUUAAUCAUUCAGAAUGUACCUUGGGGGCAUCUCGAGUAGGACUAACGCAUAAUAAAGAACCGCAUCCUUCCAUUGCUGCAGCAAGGUAUAUUGCCUGGAUUCUAAGCCCUGUUAGUAAGUAUCGUCAGGAUUUACUGGCUGAUUGUUUGGUUAAGAUAUCAGAGUCUUGGGCUUCUAAACAGUUUGACUUGGGUGCAUAUGAGAAGAAAACAGCUAGCAACCGCAAGGUACUCAAGAAGCUCAAAUUUAGCAACGAGGAGUACAAUACUUCUUGGAGGGACUGUGGUUGUCAAACUGUUGCACUCUUGAUCAAGGAAUUCAAAAAUAUAGACAUGGUGUACUGGAAAGGAACUGCAAAAAGUUACGACUCAUGUGACACUGAAGCAUUCUGUAAUCUUGUUCAGCAGCAAAAUUCAUUACUCAGGAGAGUACCAUUAGGCAUUCUACUUGGAUACCUCAAUCAAAUGGAUGAAGAUGGAUGCGAGUUGCUGCUGCAUUAUGCCACCUGUGGGAGAAUAAUACAAUUAACGGACACUAAAACUAGUAGUUCUGACAAUGUGAAAUGUAGCCACGAACUAUGGAAAAAUGCAACGUGGACAGAUGAAUGUAAUGAAAAUGAGGCUGUAGCGGGUGCCUGUCUUGUCUUCAGUUUAACUGAUAUGGUAGAAAGUAUGUGUGCCUCAUUGUUUGAGACUGAAGAAGCUGGAGAAGAUUACAUUUGCCUGGUGAAAAGGAGGACCGGCGGAUACUUGACAAAGUGUAUCAAGAGGCAGAUCCAACUGAAUUUUGAUGAAGAUGGAAAUUUGUUAGUGAUGGAUCUCUGCCGAAGAUUGAACCGGUGGAGGCUCCAAGGAAAAGAAGUUCUGGAGAUCCAGAAAGAUCUAGACGAUGUAAUUAGUCUCUUGGGUCACAAAAUUUCUUGUCUAUGAGAGAUAUUUGGUUAAGAAGAUUUGCCUACCUUUGUCGGCUCUGGCUGGCUGUUUUCUGUCAGUAUUGUGGAGAAAGUUUGUGUUACACGUAUUUGAUUUUGUUAGGUUGUGAAUAUUUAUAUGAGAAAGAGCCAUAGAAAAACAAUUCAUUCUCUUC